UGGUCCUCUGACACAUUUCAGAAUGCCGCUGGUAAAAAGGAACAUAGACCCCAGGCACCUGUGCCACACAGCUCUGCCCCGAGGUAUCAAGAAUGAACUGGAAUGUGUCACCAAUAUCUCCUUGGCAAAUAUAAUCAGACAGCUGAGUAGUCUCAGUAAAUAUGCUGAAGAUAUAUUUGGUGAACUUUUCAAUGAAGCACACAGUUUCUCAUUUAGAGUCAACUCCUUACAAGAACGUGUAGAUCGCUUAUCUGUCAGUGUUACACAACUCGAUCCAAAGGAAGAGGAAUUGUCGCUGCAGGACAUUACAAUGAGGAAAGCUUUCCGGAGUUCCACAAUUCAAGAUCAACAGCUGUUUGACCGCAAAACUCUGCCUAUUCCUUUGCAAGAGACUUAUGACAUUUGUGAACAGCCUCCUCCACUUAACAUUCUCACCCCUUACAGGGAUGAUGGAAAAGAGGGCUUGAAGUUUUAUACCAAUCCUUCAUACUUCUUUGAUCUGUGGAAGGAAAAAAUGUUGCAGGACACCGAGGACAAAAGAAAAGAAAAGAGGAAGCAGAAGCAGAAAAAUCUAGAUCGCCCUCAUGAACCAGAAAAAGUGCCAAGGGCACCUCAUGACAGACGGAGAGAGUGGCAGAAGUUAGCCCAAGGUCCGGAGCUCGCAGAAGAUGACGCUAACCUCUUACAUAAGCACAUUGAAGUUGCUAAUGGCCCAGCUUCACAUUUUGAAUCAAGAUCUCAAGCAUAUGUGGACCAUAUGGAUGGAUCAUAUUCGCUUUCUGCAUUACCCUAUAGCCAGAUGUCUGAACUUCUGAACAGAGCUGAAGAGCGAGUGUUGGUCAGACCACAUGAGCCACCACCACCACCUCCCAUGCAUGGAGCAGGAGAUGUGAAACCUGUGCCUCCUUGUGUUAGUUCUACUACUGGCUUGGUAGAAAAUCGUCCUCAGUCACCAGCAACAGGCAGAACACCAGUGUUUGUGAGCCCCACUCCUCCUCCUCCACCACCGCCGCCUCUUCCAUCUGCUUUGUCAACUUCAUCAUUAAGAGCUGCAAUGACUUCCACCCCUCCACCCCCAGUCCCACCUCCCCCACCCCCUCCCACAGCGGCUCUGCAAGCCCCAGCUGUGCCACCUCCACCAGCUCCUCUCCAGAUAGCUCCUGGAGUCCUACAUCCAGCUCCACCUCCAAUUGCUCCUCCCCUAGCACAACCCUCUCCUCCUGUCACUAGAGCUGCCCAAGUAUGCGAAGCUGUACCAGUUCACCCAGUUCCUCCACAAGCUGAAGUACAGGGACUUCCUCCACCACCCCCACCUCCUCCCUUGCCUCCUCCUGGCAUUCGACCCUCCUCUCCUGUCACAGUUGCAGCCCUUUCUCACCCUCCUCCUGUUCUGCACCCUCCUCCCACAACCAUUGUCCCUGGCCCUCAUGCCCCCCUAAUGCCUCCAUCUCCACCAUCCCAAGUGAUUCCUGCUCCUGAACCCAAACGCCAUCCUUCAACUCUUCCUGUAAUCAGUGAUGCUAGAAGCGUUCUGCUGGAAGCAAUACGGAAAGGUAUUCAGCUACGCAAAGUUGAAGAGCAACGUGAACAAGAAGCUAAACAUGAGCGCAUUGAGAAUGAUGUUGCUACUAUACUUUCUCGUCGCAUUGCUGUGGAAUACAGUGAUUCGGAAGAUGACUCAGAAUUUGAUGAAGUGGAUUGGUUAGAGUAAAAUUAUUACAUUGCUGUACACUGCAAAAUCGAAUGCUAAUGUCCAUUGUGGUGCUUGUUCUUUGAAAGUUUGAUGGUCAUUUCUAGUGGUUUUUGUAUUCUUUUCUUUACAUAAUUAAUCCACGUUUUUCUACUUUUCAGUUUACAAAAAGCUCCUAGUGCAUCUUUGAAACUAAAUGUUUUCAGUGGCUUUUCUUACACUUCUUUUUUGAAAGAACAUACUUUGUUCCAAUAGACCACUAAGUAUUAAGCAUGGGCAGCUGUUGGUAGAGUAGCAGUUUCAAUUUUUUGGCAUAUCUUAACUGUGCACUUUGUGAAUUUUAAGUUAAUGAAGGCAACUGAGAUUGACAUUCCAAGGGCAGCUGUAUGUACUAAUGAGCCUUAUUCCACUUCUGAUAGUGUUUUAAAACAUUACUAGCUAUCAAGAUAUCACUGCCUCGAUUACAUCUGUACACUAAAAGUACAUAUAGUUAGCAGCACUGAACACACUGAAAGGAAAAUGGAUCUUUGGGGAGUUUUAUUAUUGUUUUAUUGUUGUUUUUAAAUAAUUAUGGCCUUAUUUGAAUGUUUAGAGAUUCCCCUUCCCUUCUUCCCUCCCAGGUACAUAUUGUGUGGUACUAUUUUUGCCUGCAUAAUAAAAAUUUAAUUUUUUUUUCCUUGUGAAAUCUUUUGACUUAAACAUGCUGUGUAACUUAUGUAACUGUUAAAAUAACAGUUUGAUUUAAUAAAUGGUUCAUUUUAAAUGUU